AUGGGAGCCAACAGCAGCUGCUGCCGUGAUGAACAGAGACUUCCAGGAGAGAUGAUAUGUGCGGAGAGCAGCAAGAUGGGAGUUCCGACGCAAGCCACCCUCACAGGAAAUCCGGAGAAUCCAUCAGAUAGUCCCGAAUCUGCGACAGAGCAGUUGGCGAGGAGACAUCAAUCCGAUGAUUGUAAAGAUGGACCAUCAGGGCUUCAAGCAGUACGUGCAGAUAGCUCGGGGCCGGACGAGGACCACGUGGGGUGGAUCAAGAUGAAAUCUUUGACUCAGCUUGAGGUCGAUGAGGACAUUUUCCGGAGCGUGUCAUUAAGGCAAACCCUGCGGGGAUUCGGCCGUCUUUGGCGAAAAUCCCCCUUAGACCUUCCCGAGGAAGCUCGCAAGGCCUUGUGGGAGCAAUCCCAUCAUGCGGCUGAGCUCGAUGUGUUCCUGUCACACACUUGGAGGACAUCAGGUCGGUGGAAGGUCUUUGCCCUCUUGUUGCAAUCCGGCUGGAUGUUUUUGCUGCUGUCCUGGAUGGGCUUCCUGGUUGUCAGUGUUGCUUUGUACUGGGCAGAGGUGUUGCCACGCCCAUUUACAUCGCCAUCCUUCCUCAGAGUUCUGGGUGUCCCCGUCACUUGUCAUGUUGGCCCCUUCCUCAUGCCGAUCUACCUCCCAGCCAUGUUUGUCGGGGUGCUCUGCGCGGCCUACUCACCGCAAGUUUGCAGCACUCAGUGCUUUUUGGACGUGGUCUGCAUCCACCAGGUGGACGAAAAGCUCAUGCUGCGAGGGAUUUACAGCUUGGGAGGCUUCCUGGCACGCUCGAAGGAGCUGCGAGUCUUGUGGUCUCCACCUUACUUCUCGAGGAAAUGGUGUGUCUUCGAGAUGGCAGCAUACAGGGCGGCCAACCCUACUGGGCGAAUCAGGCUGGUGCCGCUCUUCCUGGAGGUGACCAUCCUUGCACUGUGGACGAGCCUCUACUUCACCACCUGGCUGAUGUACGUGGCUGGAGGCAUCCAGUCACCUCUAAAUGCCACGUUUCCGUUUCCGAUCGCACCUAUCGCGCUGCUGCCGAUGCUCGUCGCUGCUCAUACCUUACGGCGGUUCAUAGCAGAGAAGCAGACUUUGGUGGAAGGCCUCGCCAACUUCGAUGUGGACAAAUCCGAAUGUCGGCUUGACUUCGACAGCCAAUUCGUCAACACAGCGAUUGAGGCAUGGUACGGUAGCAGGGAUGCCUUCAACCGGUACGUCCGGGGAGCCUUGCGCAAGGAGUUAGUCGCGCAGGCCACCCAUGUGCCCGUCGCUUACUUUCUGCUGUUCAGCACCAUCCCCAUGAUACCCGGCGUAGAGAUCACUGUGGGAAUGUGGCUGGAUGGCCUUCCCUAUGACUUCAUUUGGGCUCGAAUCUUGGCUUGGUUGAUCGGCUUCGGCGUGGGGUCGCAGCUUGUGUCUCUCAGACUGCUUUUCUACCUUUGCGAUCGAUUUGCGUCUCCCAGAAUGGGUUCGUGCGCAUGCGACUACAUUCAGACGCUCUUGAUUUUCUUGGCCUACAUGAUCUGCGACCUAGCCAGCUACACACUCUGCACUCGAGCUCUUCAACAUAGCCUUUGGGCCUCGGCGAUCUACUGCGGAGUGAUGAUCUGCUUGGCCGGCUUUUGCCACCGGAGGUCCCUGGCCCAGAGGCUCAGCUAG